AUGUCUUUUAAGCUGAUUGAUCCUAGAGAAAAUCAAGCGGAUGAUCCAUAUGAACGUUUAUCCGAUGAUGAGUUCGAAAUUCAGAGAGUGAAAAAUAGAUUAGAGGAGAUAGAUAUUGAGAGGAAAGACUUACUAAACAAGCUAAAGGUAUUAGAAAAGAACAAGAAUUUAAAAGACCCCAACUUUGAUUUCAUUGAGAUCCCAGAAUCUCCAAAAAAAAAAUCUGACAUCAUCAAAGCACAACCGGUUAAGACUCAACAAAUUGCAGCCGACCAAGUGGUACAAGAAGCAAAAGAGAAUGAGAAUGAAGGGUACCUAAAAAAAAAACAGCAACAAGGUGGCUCAACGUCUUACUUCCUUGAGAAACUUCAAUCCGUGAACUUCAAAGAACAGGAGGCUAUCAAAAAAAAAAAUGAUAUUUUAGCACAUCGAAUCUAUACAUUCGAUGAUGGUGUGUUCAAAGAGUACGUCCCAAUAGAUGUUAAUGAACGGGAAGACCUUAGUGGACUCAAUAUUGACAGGAGAUAUAUCCCAUCAACAGAGCUUCAGAAAAAUACUAAGAAUAUCAAGGUACUCCGUCUACAGAAACUGUUUAGUAAAGUACGUCCACCUCAAUUCAUGGAACCGCAAUAUCCAAACUGGUUAGUCAUUGGAAUUAUAUCAAAGAAAACUGAAUCGAGGCUGACAAACUCGGAGAAACCAGUUAAAUUCUUCAGCAUAACUUUAACUGAUUUUCAAUUUGAAUUAAAUGUAUUGUUUUUCGGCAAAGCCGUAGUAGAAAAAUACUACAGGCUUAGGGUUGGGGAUGUAGUUGCUAUCUUGAACCCAGAGAUACUUCCGUCGAGAAAAGUCGAAUCUGCUGGGGGGUCCCGAUCGCUAAGCUUCAGUCUUAAGAUAUCCAAGGAUAUUAAUAACAUUUUGGAAAUAGGUCGCAGUAAAGAUUUAGGCUUCUGUGAUUUUUACUUGAAAACUAAAGGAACACGAUGUGCGAUUCCAAUCAAUAAGGUUACUUCAAGCUAUUGCGAGUACCAUAACGAAAUUAAAGUUAGGCAAGGGAGCGCGAAAAGAGUUGAAAUCAGCAGUGCUGUUACGAUGAGGGCGCCUGUGAAGAGCGGUUAUCAACAAAUGGUUGUAAAAUCUCAACGUAAUGGUGGAAAAAGCUCACUAAGAUACCAACAGAAUCCAGACAGACCGGCCACAAAGGAACAGACUGCAGCUGAAGCAAAUAGAUUCUUGUUUUCCUCGGCUCAUGCCUCUACUGCAUUUUUCGACGAUGAUUACGAGAAUCCAGAAAUAUUGGCAAAUCUUGAUAAUAAACGUCGUAAGAUUCAAGAGCUUAAGAACAAUAGGAAUCUGGAGAAAAAGUUGAAAACACUUACAGAAAAAUUUCUGUCUAAGGAUGAAAAAGUGAUUGACUUGGAAUCUAAAAAACAUGCAACGUUGAGCAUGUUUCAGCAUGGACUUUUAAAUCAAAUAGGAUAUGAUCCCACUAAAGGGAAAGCUUCAGCGGAAAUAUUUGGAUCUACUGUUGACAAGAAGAGUACUAUAAACGAAAAACAACUCGCAAUAACUGAUAUACGCAAUAUUAAGAAAGAGAAUGUUGUAUUAAAACCUACACGAAAACAAAUUAGAGAGAAAUUUAAUAAAAGGAAUCAAGUUUACGAAAACAUUAUGAAAGACCUUGACAAAAAUAUUUCUGGAGCUAACGAAGAAGAGGGAGAAUCCAGCGAUGAAUUGGAAAUUAUAUAG